AUGAGCGACUGCCAGCCCGCCGCGGACGCCGAGAUCCGCCGUGGCCUACUCCGGUGCGAGGGGGGGUCUGGUUGCGAGUGCGUCUCGCAUUCUGCGACCGAACGCCGCGCCUCGGCAACUCCAUCCGGCAGCGAUUCCGUACGCAGCCACUCCGAGCCCGUCGGUGUCUCGUCCGACAACGGCGACUCCGACCACGAUGCUUCUUCGGAGGAGGAGAGCGACUCGUUCGUUCCGGAUGCUUAUCUGGAAAGGGAUUGGUCCGGCCUCACUGAUGUUCAUCUUCCAAAAUGCGGCUGUGGUCUGAAUGCUAUUGUGAAGAGAGCCUGGGGAGGCAAGAACACAGGCAGGCGCUUCUUCGGUUGCCCAGUGCAGGACAACAUUGAGUGUUGCCAGUUUGUUGAGUGGAUCGAUGCCCCCUGGCCACAGCGCCUGCAGCAAUCCCUCAAGGAGCUUUGGAAAGAACUCAAGACCACCAGGCGCUGUGAGGCAAGGGCAAAUGAGGAGUUGAUCGAGGCGAUCCGCCUCAACUACGCCGUGAACAAUGCCAAGGUCGAGCUGGAGCAGGAGGUCAACCGCACCAAGCGCAUGGCCGAGAUGAUCUGUUCGCGCUAUAAGAGGAAGGCUAUCAGCAUUGCAGUCGAAGCUGGAAAGCUCAAGUAUCUGGUGUACUGUUUGCUGGCAGUGAUUGUCGUCUUGGCGCUGGCCCUGUUUAGGAAGAACUGA